AUGGCUAUGCUACAUCCCAGCGACUCCAUCUUCCCUCAAACUGAUCCUUUAUCUCCAUCUUCGAUAUCAUCUCUCUUCGAAGGCUCACUGGGUCUUUCACCCACUAGCAUAGUAUCGCCGACGUCAAGUCAAGGGCUUUAUCACAAGGUCUACUUUGUUACUCUAGCAGAAUCGGCUCAUUCAAGGUGGGGCGGCAAAGAUGUCGUUCUCAGAGUAGCCAGAAAAGCAAUCGAAAGAAUCAAGAUCGAAAACGAAGUUGCUGUCAUUGAUGUAGUGAGGAAGGCCGGACUGCCGGUACCUGAGGUGCUCUUCUACAACAGCGACCCGGGAAACAAGUUUGGUUUCGAAUAUAUUUGUGUCGAAAAAUCGCCGCACCCUUCCCUACAGGAUACCUGGAUGUCACUGAGCCCGGGAACUCUCGACAAUAUCCUUGAUCAAUUCGUCGACUUCUUUAUUAGAAUGUUCACCCUUGAGCUACCUCGGGGAGGGGAAUUCUAUGGCAGUCUUUGCGUCACUGAAAUGGAGGGACAAAGGGAUGUUGCUCCCGGGCCUGUCCUGGUGAUUUGUUUUAGACCGGACAUUCUGCGAUACUUCCAUGCCGCCCCUUACAACCUCACAAGAGAAAAUUUUGCAGCUCUCAACCCAUGCGGAUGGUACCCGUCAUGGGUGGCUUACAUCUCGGCGUUCCUCAAAUGCUAUCACCAUGUCAUCUCGGUCCACCCAUCCGUUUCGUUCCUGUUGUACCUGCUUGAUCCAUUACAACGCUUAAUUGAGAAGUUGGACAGAGGGGAAAUAGACUGGGUUCGUAGGCUCCGAGAUGAAAAGGGUCUCCAAGGAAGAUUAUGGCACCGGGACUUUCAUUUCGGUAACCUUCUAGCCGAUGACGAAGGGAAUAUUCGGGCUAUCAUCGAUUGGGAGUUCUCCGGCGUAGGGCCUUCGUUCCAUAAAACAUCCUCCCCUGUACGAAAUUGCAUUUCGUUCGCCUACAAUUCGGAACCGACGCCUCCGGCGGACAAACUGCGUCUCCGUCGAUCUAUAACCAAUGGAUAUUCGAAUCCGAUCCGGAACGGAUUCUUGGAAGAGAGGGGAAAGCCGUGAGCGACGUAAGAGAGUAUUUGAGGAGUUGUCUCGAAGUCGGUGUCCGGCAAUGGGGAAACGUUGAAGCCGGAAAGAGCGUCUAGAAAGACAUUGUAGAGAAUAGGCUGAGAGCGCUGGAAUGCUGGUGACAUCUUAGCUGCGGUCUUAUAUCCAUAGAUAAGCUGUCUCCCGAAGAGCCCUAAUGACAUCAGUUCAUCGUCACUGCGUUCGCCUCUUCCACGUUCGUACUUCUCUGACUGUCUACUGACGAGCAUCUGCAAUAGGUUUAUGAGCAUGUAUAUGUGAGCAACCCGAGCCGACAAUUACACCUAGGAAAUGGAAAACAAACGUAAUCGCGAACGACAGUAUUGCACCCUCGACUCUGACCUUCGAUCUAGUCCAUUCUUCGCUAAUGUCCUUCAGUUACAGCAGUUUUCACUGUCGAAGCAAGCUGCUUUGAUAAAUCCAAAUCGA